UGAAGUAAAAGGGGGAUCGUCACUCUCUCCAUAACUUUCAAGGGAGGUUACUACGCCUGAAGCAACUCCCAAAUUGGCGUAACCGUAUCAUGUGCGAUUGUUUCUUAUCGUUUGCUUCAUGUAAACCCCAAAGCAAUUUCCAAUCCGAUCGUCAAAAACCCUUGUUGAUCAUCAAGGAUAACGAUUAUGAUACUGCUGCCGCCGCCGCCGCCGCCCAGUUACACAAUCCGACGGCGGCGAUGGCUUUGAUUCUCACAUCCUGGCUCAACGGUCACUGGUUACGUUAUUUGAUACCUUUUCUCUGUUCUCCUUUACUAAUCCCUAUCGUUUGCGCGACUUUCCCCUUCCUUUGUGCCGCUGAGGUCUGUUUCCGCCUCUGCCGCCGUCACCGGUUGAAAUCAGCUGCUCCUCGACCACCGCCACCGCCAGUGAUUCCGCGGCGUGUAAACGAUGUAGAAGGCGGACGACAGGUAAAAACUGAAUUUAGUUUGUUAAAUAGGUAUCUGGAUGAUCAAUUAGAGCUUGCUUUUGAGAUUUUACGUGAAUGUGGGGGUGAAUUAGGUUAUGAUUAUGAUUAUAUGGAGGAUUUCGAUGGUAAUCGGAGUAAUAUGUUGUGUUAGAUUUGGUAGAUUUUUGUAUAACGACCUGUUCUUCUUCUCUCUGUGGCUUUGAUUGUACAUAACUGAUCUCGAUAAUACCUAGGAUUUUGA